AUGCAAUGGAGCGCCCCGUGUGGAGGGGCAGCAGCAGCAGCAGAAGCAUCGUCUGUGCCAUCGCAGGAGGCCCCAGUAGACGCUUCAGCACCUGCAGUAUCUGCCACAAUUGGAGGUGUGCCUGUUUCAAGUUGCAGCUCCUCACUGCAGCAACGCAGCAAGCGGGCACUGCUCACCGGGGGAUCGGCUAGCAGAGGCAACUCCAGCAGCAAAGGGCCCCCCAUUUCGGCUGAGGCCCUGAGGCGCUUCUUCGGCCUUAAAGAACCCUCAGUCUGCAGCGGGGAUCAGAAGGGAGGACAGCUUAGAACGGAGAAACGGCAACCCUUGGGGCCUCCAGCACCAGGCGACCCAAGCAACUCCACCCGUGUCUUCCCAGCAUCAUGCAGAGAUGCAGGAGCGCCCACAGCAUAUGCUGCAGCAGCAGCAGCAGAUGCAGACUCAACCAUAGCAGCAAAUGAAGAUGCAGCAGCGCAUGCAACACCGAAGCGUGCCCCUUCAGCAGCGAAUACAUCUGAACGAGGCCCAGAAACAACACCGCUGGGAUCAGGAGAUGCUGGCGGUGCUGUAUGUUGGCGGCUUAAGCGCCCACUCAGAUCCUGCGGCUCCACCAGCCUCAGCAGCAAACUGCGCUGCACGGCAUCGUCGACAUCUCACCAUGCUGCUGCUGUUGCUCCUGCUCGAGGCAGCAGCAGUAACAGCAAGCCUCUCGCGUCAACAGACUACGGAUGGAUGGGACUGAAAUACACCACUGCUGCUGCUGCCCUUCAGCAAACACGCACAUUGAGCAGCAGAGCUGCAGCGGCGGCCUCAACAGCAGCACCAGCAGCACCAACGGCUGCAGCAAGAAACGCCUCCCGUUCAGAUGGUACUCCAGAAGUGGCUGUCGGGGGCACUAGUGGAAGGAAGAACGCUCACUCUGUUGCAGAUCCAAAGCCGGCGCCUGCUGCUGCUGCUGCUGCUGCUGCUGCAUCUUCUGCUGGUUCUAGUCGUACUGCUGCUGCGCGUCAAACGCGGCCAUGGGCAGAGCUGCCUGAUCCUUUGGUGUUGCAAGUACUUGACUUCGGUGGGAGGGAGAUUUCAAUGACGUGCCGCCGGUUUGCUGCACUUAUACGUCGCCAGCGCCGGGUGUUGCGUUUCUCUGGGGACGCCUCAACGGCCUCCUCUGCAGAGGCCCUCAUACGGGCGAUAAUGAGCUCGCCAAGUCUGCGGCUGCUGGAGAUAACAGCAGGAGGGGGCUUAAGCGCCUCCCAAAUGGAGCGUCUCUCCCGCGCUCGUAGCAGCGCGCUGCCUCAGAAGCUGCAGGUAUUGGUGAUGCGUCGGUGCAACAAAAUGAGUGACAAGAGCCUCAGGACUCUUCUUCUGAGACUGCGCGACCUUCGGUGCGUUGAUCUUCGUGAUUGCUUCUCAUUGACAGAUGAAGCUCUUUUAACUUUGGGGUUUCUGCCGCGGCUUGAGAGAGUGGCCUUGGGACUGACGGCCGGUGCGCGUGGAUGCUGCCGGCUGACCUGUCGCGCUCUCAAGGCCCUCUUGACACCGCAGCGACAAGAGCAGCAGCAGCAGAAGCAGCAGCAGAAGCAGCAACAUCAGCAGCAACAAGGACAAGGACAGACACAGCAACGUCCUCCGGAUCAGGCAGAAGAGGGAUGCAUAGCCCCCAUCAAAUUUCUGUCGCUAGCGCGUUGCAGCGAAAUGAAAGACUUCACUGUACUGGCCAACGCAAAGGCAACACUUGAGUUUCUCGAUCUACGGGGCACGGCAAUCGAUGACUCCUCGGCUCAUGUCUUCGCUGAGCUGCACAACCUACAAGUGCUUGUCCUAGCAGACACCGCAGUGACGACAACAACUGUUUCAGCAGUUGUGGACGGCUGCCCCAAGCUGCAAAUGUUGGAUCUCUCGUGCACGGGUCCAGUCUCUCGGGACUGUCUUUUUCGUCUUGCAUUUUCUCUACCCUCUAUUUCCCGCCUCAAGCUCAGUCACACAGCGGCCAUAGAUGAUGUUCUAUUGGCGCAUCUGCUGGCUGAGCUUCCCCUCCUUCGUUUUCUUGACGUCUCGCAUUGCUGGAGAGUCACCUCAGCCUUCUGCGACGCGCAUUUCAUUGUUGCUUCAGGAAAGCAGCUGAAACGAUUAGGGCUUUUCGGGUGCAAUGUAGAGAGACAGAGAGUUGAGGCGGCCCUCAUCGUUGCAGGUGCCACGAACGCCCGCCUCUCGCUGCACAAUGAGAUGGCUUUGUUUGAAAUGCCUCGGGUGUAUGCAACAAUGAAGGGCCUCGAUAUUUGA